AAUAUUACCAUCGCUGUACUUGAAGCUCUCAAUUCGCAUUCUUUACGGCCAUGAGUGUCUCCUCACUUCGGAAUUGUAUCGGUAUUUCUGUCACCAAGACAGCUGGUGUACGAUAUGCAUCAACGACAUCAGUGACUGCGAGACAGCCACCGGAUCGUCCAGAACAUGGAGAGCAAAUAUAUGUUUACAAUCAUUUACAGACGAAUCAGGUCGUUUACUCACUUACUAAAGGAAUGAAUGUAUGUCUUGCCAUUCUACAUAUCCUUCCCACUCCUCAUAUAGCCAAUCCCUCUCAUAUAUCAUCCAAUCCUCACUAACACCCUCAGAACAAAGCAUCUCUCGCGCAACUCCCCUACAAUGGCAAAAAAACCCGCCCCGCCGCCCUCCGCAAAGACCACUGGCAUCCCAUGGCCUUAAUAACGUUUCCGCCAGGGACCUCCUCCUCCGGUCUCAGCGCCUUUCAAAAACUUCGCGAAUACCGCAAACGUCACGAAUUAUCCUGGGACCCUACUUCCCCGCUCUUCAAGCGCAUUCCCGGACCUAGCGAAACGGACCAUCAAAAAUCCAAAACCCAUUUGACGUCUAAACUUCGUUCUCGCAAGAUUAAUGAUCAGAAAGCUAAUACUGUCGCCGAUAUGGCAGCCGUUUUAAAAGAAAUCAGAUAUGGAAGUGAGAGAAUAGGUUUAGAAGGAAUAGGCAAGGAGGGCAUUGUGGAAGUAAAAUGGAGCGAUCUCGCAGACGCAAGUUACGCAGGUGAAGGAUCCGAUGUAUGGGGCGAAGCAGUCCUUCACGAUGCAUUGCCCUGGGAUCGCAAUAAUAGGGAAAUCCGCAAGAAACAAGCACUCAGCACCGAACAACAAGCCGAAUGGAAAGCUGCUCGACAAGCACAAAAAGAAGCAAACGAAGAAAAGAAGAGGAAGAAUAGAGAGAUACUUGAACAAAAUAUGAGAUUAAGAGAGGAGAGAUGGGCAAAACAUGUAGCGCUGAUGGAAAGUCAUCGCGCAAUGGGAAAGGGUCCAAAAGUUCUACCAACAAGGAUUAGACAAUCUCCGCGAGAAAACUGGGAGCAGGGGAGACAAGAACAGCUGGAAAAAUUAGCAUGGAUGGAACGAACGGGUAGAUCAGAAGCCGCAUAUGAAAAGUCACUGAAUGCUGAGAUAGCGGAUGCGAUCAAGACACAGGAAUUAAAGCUUGAAUCUGAGCCUGGAGCUGAACCAUUGGGUUUAGGAGAUAAGCCAGAGGAAGUUACCGCUACUAAAAUUAUUUAAAAGGAGAAUUUGACUUUGGAGGAGUGGAUGUAGAUGUAGAUGUAGAUGUAGAUACAUUGUAAAUCACAAACAUCACAUCGCAUUUCAUAUUGCGUUGCAUCACAUCACAUAAUAUUCACU